CCGGCUUCCUGGGAGACCGACGUCACUGCUCUGCGCCGGAAGACGCCGUCUCCGUGUCCCCUUCCCUCAACACCGGCUUCUUCCCCGGCAGCCUGAGAUCCCAGGAUAUGAGCCGGAAGAGGCAGCGCCUGGUCCCGGACGCCUUUGGGCUGAAGAGGCGGCGGGAACGAGGGCAGGCAGAGGUGGAUCCUCUGAGGGGCGAGUCAGGGUCGGCGCGCGCGGCCGUCGCCGAGCUGGUGCAGCUGUUCCCGCGAAGCCUGUUCGAGGACGCGCUGCCGCCCAUCGCGCUGAGGAGCCAGGUGUACAGCCUUGUGCCCGACCGGACGGCGGCCGACCGACAGCUGAAGGCGCUUCAAGAGCAGGGGGAGAUCAGAAUCAUCCAGCUAGGCUUUGACUUGGACGCCCAUGGAAUUAUCUUCACUGAGGACUACAGGACCAGAGUCCUCAAGGCCUGCAAUGGCCGACCAUAUGCUGGGGCAGUGCAAAAGUUUCUGGCUUCGGUACUUCCAGCCUGUGGGGACCUUAGCUUCCAGCAAGACCAAAUGACACAGACCUUCGGCUUCAGGGACGCAGAGAUCACGCAGCUAGUGAAUGCUGGAGUCCUCACCGUCCGAGAUGCCGGGAGUUGGUGGCUGGCUGUGCCGGGAGCUGGGAGAUUCAUUAAAUAUUUUGUUAAAGGGCGCCAGGCUGUCCUUGGCAUGAUCCGGAAGGCCAAGUACCGAGAGCUACUCCUAUCAGAGCUUUUGGGCCGGCGGGCACCUGCCGCGGUGCGACUUGGCCUCACCUACCACGUGCAUGACCUCAUUGGGGCCCAGCUGGUGGACUGGUGAGUCUGUCUCACCCACAGCCUAUGGCAGAUGACCGAGCAGUGACCCAAGCCUCGUCUUUUCUUUUGCACAGUGUCUCCACCACUUCUGGAACUCUCCUCCGCCUGCCAGAGACGUGACGAUUCUGCUUGUCAUUGCAUACCUCCCCAGAGUGGGGUGAGAGGGGCUCAGGAGUACUGUCCAGUGGUGGCUGAGACAGGGUCACCUUGGGAAGGCGAGGGAGCCCGGAUGACUGUUGGCGUUGUAUCUGCACAAAGGGUCAGACGUGAUUGCUGCUGUUUACCUGGGCUCUGACCCAGUGGUGGGGUUUGGGCAAUGCUUCUCUGCCCUUCCAUGGAAGUGGAGCCUGAAAGCAUGCCAAGGCCAUGGCUGUUGCCUUCCUUGCAGCAAAGUACUGCUGUCACAUUCUUGGGAUAGGAAGAUGGGAUUUCUGGGGAGGCUGGUGAGGGAGGGCAGAAUCCUCUGUCCUACAUGUCGAGGUAAACUGCCAAAUAAAGUACUUCUGCCUGUGCAAUUUCCUGGAUGUUUUUUGUUUGAUGUGUAUUUGGGCGCCCCUGUGGGAGUAGAGUCAAAGCCAAACUUGAGCCUGAGCUUUGCCUCAUUGUUCGGAGAGCUGAAAGGACACUGAGGUCAGUUCUCCCUGCGGGAUGAUAAAGGUAUGCCUGAUCUCCUCAACCACAGAAUUUCUGUUAGGGCCUACACAAAGCAAAGGUCUGGUGUCGUUCAGGUUUUGUGGGGGAUGUAGUUAGAGAUAAGUGUCUUGUACCUUGUUUUGUUAAGAUUUUUACAAAGGAACCAUGUGUCUCCAACCAUGUACUGAGCCACAUUGGACUCCUAUGCCCACACAUACUGGAGCGUGCGUGUGUGUGUGUGUGUGUGUGUGUGUAUGUAUAUAUACCCACCCAGAUACACCCAGUAGGGGGGCUGCCCAGGGCACUGGGAUGAGAGGGGUUGGCACGGAAGGACAGGACAUAACUCUGGGCCGUGAUUUUCUCAGAUUCCCUCAGAGACCCAAGUGUCUGAGGUGUUGUCCUCCCUGCCCCUGCUAAAUACUGGGCCUGGGGCCAGUUGCAUUUCUUGCCUGUCACAUGGUUUCCCGGCUGAGCUGGGCCAGGGGAGGAGCAAGGUCCAGAGUCAAAUCUGCUCUAAGCCCUGGGUUGACCAGAGAGAAGCAGGCAGACAGACGGGUCUGAUCCCUCUUGGGUCCUCCAGCCAUGAGGCUCCUCUGGGGGCUGAUCUGGGUGUCCAGCUUCUUCUCCUUAUCCCUGCAGAAGCC